AAGGGCCCCUGGCUAUGGCUCUAAUGCUCUUUGGCAAGGAUAACCUAAUACCCAGUGUCUUUCAAGUUACUUGCCCACAGUUGCACACUACUACCUGUUUGGAAACUGUUAUUUCAUUCUCAUGAAAAGCAAAGGAGGCGUGAUCGAAGUGAUUAUGCCUUCCAAUGAUUGGACAAACCUUCAUAUCCUUCGACUCAGAAUACCAGUAAGCGACAGGGAAGGGCGUGCCUAUGUCUGGGACUCCUGAGUCAGUGACAGAGCAUUCAUUCCUCUCUGCAGGAGGCUGGCAGCCAGAGGACGUCUCUGUAGAGGUGACAAGCAGCGGGAGAGCUAGGAGAAGGAUUCAGCACCAAGGACAGCAGCACUCUCUUCUGUGCUAGGAGACAUGCUCGGAGCAUGCCCCAUCUUCUCCCCACUUGCCUUUGGCUAGAGAGAAAGCAGGGAAGCAACAAGCCAGUUCCCAUUGAUGCAUUCACAUAUUUGUCUGCCCAGCGUACUAGCAGUAGGAAAGCUGCCGCUGGCUGAACGACCACACAUCUGGGGCUCUUGUAUGAAUUUUUACAGGGCGAACGUAAGACAAAGGUGGGAAAUUUAACCAUCAAGAGUUGUGGCGAUGGCUGACAGGACGGCCCCAAACUGUCACCUGAGGCUGGAAUGGGUGUAUGGCUACAGAGGACAUCAGUGCCGCAACAAUCUCUACUACACAGCAGCCAAGGAAAUAGUGUAUUUUGUUGCUGGGGUUGGUGUGGUUUAUAACACAAGGGAACACAAGCAGAAAUUCUACAUGGGUCACAACGAUGAUAUAAUCAGCUUAGCACUGCACCCUGAACGAGUGUUGGUAGCAACUGGACAAGUUGGGAAGGAGCCAUACAUCUGUGUGUGGGACUCAUACACUGUGCAGACUGUAUCUAUACUGAAGGAUGUUCACACGCAUGGGAUAGCAUGUUUGGCAUUUGAUCUGGAUGGGCAGCGCUUGGUCUCUGUUGGACUUGAUGCCAAGAAUACAAUCUGUGUGUGGGACUGGAAAAAAGGGAAGAUGCUUUCUAUGGCUCCUGGUCACACAGAUAGGAUAUUUGACAUCUCCUGGGACCUCUACCAACCCAAUAAACUUGUGAGCUGUGGUGUGAAGCACAUUAAGUUCUGGAGUUUGUGUGGAAAUUCGCUGACACCAAAGCGUGGGGUGUUUGGGAAGACAGGAGACCUGCAGACUAUUCUGUGCCUGGCCUGUGCACGGGAUGAAGUAACGUAUUCUGGGGCGCUGAACGGAGAUAUUUAUGUUUGGAAGGGGCUGAAUCUUGCACGUACAAUCCAAGGAGCUCAUGCAGCAGGAAUCUUCAGCAUGAAUGCCUGUGAGGAGGGCUUUGCCACUGGAGGACGAGAUGGCUGUGUACGUUUAUGGGAUUUAAAUUUUAAACCAAUUACUGUGAUUGAUCUCAGGGAAACAGACCAAGGAUACAAAGGGUUAUCAGUGCGAAGUGUAUGCUGGAGAGGAGAUCACAUCCUGGUUGGGACACAGGACAGUGAAAUCUUUGAGAUUGUGGUGCAUGAACGUAACAAACCCUUCCUGAUAAUGCAGGGCCACUGUGAAGGGGAACUUUGGGCUCUGGCUGUCCACCCUACAAAACCUCUGGCCAUAACUGGAAGUGACGAUCGAUCAGUAAGAAUAUGGAGCCUAAUAGACCAUGCCUUGAUUGCCCGAUGUAACAUGGAGGAACCCAUUCGCUGUGCUGCUGUUAGUACAGAUGGCAUCCAUCUAGCCUUAGGAAUGAAGGAUGGAUCUUUCACUGUGCUCCGAGUCAGAGACAUGACAGAAGUUGUUCACAUAAAAGAUCGAAAGGAAGCCAUCCAUGAGCUGAAGUAUUCUCCUGAUGGUAGUUUCCUUGCAGUUGGCUCCAAUGACAGCUGUGUAGAUAUUUAUGGUGUUGUACAGAGGUACAAGAAGGUUGGUGAGUGCAUGGGAUCUGUGACCUUUAUCACCCACAUGGACUGGUCUUCCGACAGCAAAUUUCUUCAAACCAAUGACGGCAGUGGGAAAAGAAUGUUCUACAGAAUGCCUGGAGGUAAAGAAGUGUCCAAUAAGGAAGAGCUAAAAGGAAUUCAGUGGGCUAGAUGGACGUGUGUCUCUGGUUUAGAAGUAAAUGGAAUCUGGCCUAAGUAUUCAGAGAGUAAUGAUAUCAGUUCAGUAGAUGCCAAUUACCCCGGGCAAGUUCUUGUGACAGCAGAUGAUUAUGGGAUCAUAAAACUUUUCAGAUAUCCAGCUCUAAAAAAAGGUGCAAAAUUUAGAAAGUACCUGGGUCAUUCAGCACAUGUGACAAAUGUACGAUGGUCACAUGACUACCAAUGGAUAAUUUCAGUUGGUGGAGCUGAUCAUUCUGUCUUCCAGUGGAAAUUUAUUCCUGACAGGAAACUAAAAGAUGUUCUACACAUAGCUCCACAAGAAAGUUUGGUCGAUUCCAACAGCGAAGAGUCAGAUUCAGAUCAGUCGGAUGUCCCAGAGCUGGACUCUGAGAUUGAGCAAGAGACCCAAACCACUUACCGUCGGCAGGUUUAUAAAGAAGAUCUACCUCAGCUUAAAGAGCAAUGCAAAGACCUCCACAGAAGUGCUUCUUCCAAGAGACGGGAACGUGCUCCUCUGAAUAGCAUUCGUCUGCAUUUUGUGCAUGGGUACCGAGGUUACGAUUGUCGGAGUAACCUAUUCUACACCCAGACUGGUGAGAUUGUUUACCAUGUGGCUGCAGUUGGUGUUGUAUACAACCGGCAGCAGAACACCCAGAGGUUUUAUUUAGGGCACAAUGAUGAUAUUCUUUGCCUUGCCAUUCACCCUUUAAAGGAUUAUGUAGCAACAGGACAGGUGGGUCGAGAGAGUACAGUUCACAUUUGGGACACAGAGACAAUCAAACCACUGUCUGUGUUAAAGGGGCAUCACCAGUAUGGCGUGUGUGCAGUGGAUUUUUCAGCUGAUGGAAAACGCUUGGCCUCUGUUGGCAUUGAUGACAAUCACACCAUCGUUUUGUGGGACUGGAAGAAAGGAGAGAAACUUUCAUCUGUGAAAGGAAGCAAAGAAAAGAUUUUUGUUGUGAAAAUUAACCCUUACAUGCCUGACAAGUUAAUCACUGCUGGGAUCAAGCACAUGAGGUUCUGGAGAAGGGCAGGAGGGGGACUCAUUGGUCGCAAGGCUUGUAUUGGUACAGGAGCAGGAGCAAAAAUUGACACAAUGAUGUCUGUGGUGUAUGGCUGGACAGAAGAGAUGUCCUUUUCUGGCACCUCCACAGGGGAUGUUUGUAUCUGGAGGGAUCUGUUCCUUAUGAAAACAGUGAAAGCCCAUGAUGGACCAGUGUUUAGCAUGCAUGCCUUGGAUAAGGGCUUUGUGACUGGAGGGAAGGAUGGAGUUGUGGCUCUCUGGGAUGAUUCUUUUGAACGAUGCCUCAAAACUUAUGCCAUCAAAAGGGCCGCAUUGGCUCCAGGAUCUAAAGGGCUCUUACUUGAAGAUAAUCCUUCUAUUCGUGCCAUAUCACUAGGCCAUGGACAUAUCCUGGUAGGGACUAAGAAUGGUGAGAUAUUGGAGGUGGAUAAAAGUGGACCUGUUACUUUGCUUGUUCAGGGACACAUGGAGGGGGAGGUCUGGGGCUUGGCCACACAUCCUCACUUACCUAUCUGUGCCACUGUGAGUGAUGAUAAAACCCUGCGCAUCUGGGACCUUUCUCCCAGCCACUGUAUGCUGGCGGUGCGUAAACUGAAAAAGGGUGGUAGAUGCUGCUCCUUCUCUCCGGACGGAAAGGCUUUGGCUGUUGGGCUGAAUGAUGGGAGCUUUAUCAUUGUGAAUGCAGAUACCCUGGAAGAUCUGGUCUCUUUUCAUCACAGGAAGGAUAUCAUCUCUGAUAUCCGUUUUUCUCCAGGUACCGGAAAAUAUUUAGCAGUUGCCUCCUAUGAUAACUUUGUAGAUAUUUACAAUGUCAUGAGUAGCAAGAGGAUUGGAGUUUGCAAGGGAUCUGCCAGCUAUAUCACUCAUUUAGACUGGGACACAGUUGGGAAGUUGAUACAAGUAAAUACUGGUGCUAAAGAGCAGCUGUUUUUUGAAGCUCCACGUGGAAAAAAGAGGAAUAUUCCAAGCCAUGAGGUAGAAAAAAUUUCCUGGGCAUCUUGGACAAGUGUUCAAGGUCCAAGCUGUGAGGGCAUCUGGCCAGUGAUUGGAGAAGUGAGUGAUGUGAUGGCUGCCUCUCUCACGAAUGAUGGCAAAGUUUUGGCAACAGGGGAUGACUUUGGGUUUGUGAAGCUAUUCCGGUACCCAGUUAAAGGGAAAUUUGGCAAAUUUAAGAGGUAUGUUGCGCACAGUUCACAUGUUACCAACCUUCGCUGGAUACAUGAUGACAGCCUGCUAAUAACAGUGGGUGGCUCAGAUACAUCACUCAUGCUGUGGACUCAUGAGAUGGAAGGACACCGGGAGACUAGAUUAUGUGAUAGUGAAGAGUCUGAUCUAGACUCUGAGGAAGAUGGUGGUUAUGACAGUGAUGUUACAAGGGAGAAUGAGAUGAACUACACCAUCAAAGCCUUAUCCACUAACAUACGGCCUAUGGUUGGAAUCAAGCCACACUUACAGCAAAAAGAGCUUUCUUUGGAUGAGAGGCAGGGCGUAGUCAGAGGUUCCAGACCUCCUGUUAGUAGGGCGUUACCACCACCUGAAAAGCUUCAAACCAACAAUGUUGGGAAAAAGAAAAGGCCCAUAGAGGACUUGGUGCUGGAGCUGGUCUUUGGAUAUAGGGGUAAAGACUGCAGGAAUAAUGUCCACUAUCUCAAUGAUGGUGAUGAUAUCCUAUACCAUGCUGCCUCUGUAGGGAUCCUGUACAAUGUAGCCACAGGCUCUCAGAGUUUCUACCAGGAGCACACUGAUGACAUAUUGUGUCUGACUGUCAAUCAGCAUCCCAAAUUCAUCAAUAUUGUGGCAACUGGCCAAGUAGGUGAUGCAGCUGAUAUGUCUGCCACAGCCCCUUCGAUUCAUGUAUGGGAUGCAAUGAGCAAACAAACUCUGUCUGUUCUGCGGUGUUACCAUUCCAAGGGCAUCUGUUCUGUUAGCUUCAGUGCCACUGGUAAACUCCUGCUGUCUGUGGGGUUGGACCCUGAGCACACUGUCACUAUAUGGAAGUGGCAGGAAGGUGCCAGAAUUGCUAGCAAAAUGGGGCACAAUCAACGAAUCUUUGUGGCUGAGUUUCGACCAGACUCUGACACUCAGUUUGUCUCUGUGGGAGUGAAGCACGUUCGGUUCUGGACUUUGGCCGGCAGAGCUUUGCUAAGUAAAAAGGGCAUGCUAAGCUCCAUUGAGGAUGCCAGAAUGCAGACAAUGCUGGCUGUAGCUUUUGGAGCAGGUAAUCUGACUUUCACUGGAACAAUCAGCGGGGAUGUAUGUGUUUGGAAGGACCACAUACUGUCACGGAUUGUGGCCAAAGCUCACAAUGGGCCUGUGUUCACAAUGUACACCACACUGAGAGAUGGACUGAUUGUCACUGGUGGGAAAGAGAGGCCGUCCAAGGAAGGGGGAGCCGUGAAGCUAUGGGAUCAGGAACUAAAAAGAUGCCGUGCAUUUAGGUUAGAGACUGGACAAACAACGGACUGUGUUAGGUCUGUGUGCAGAGGAAAGGGUAAGAUAUUAGUUGGGACCCGAAAUGCAGAGAUAAUUGAAGUUGGGGAAAAAAAUGCAGCUUGUAACAUUUUGAUAAAUGGUCACGUGGAUGGACCCAUAUGGGGUCUGGCAACUCACCCAUCCAGAGAUUUCUUUCUGUCUGCAGCUGAGGAUGGAACUGUGAGGCUAUGGGAUAUUGGAGAUAAGAAGAUGCUGAAUAAAGUCAAUCUGGGUCACGCUGCUCGUACUGUAUGUUACAGCCCAGAGGGAGACAUGGUUGCUAUUGGUAUGAAGAAUGGGGAGUUCAUUAUCCUUCUGGUAACCUCAUUAAAAAUUUGGGGAAAGAAAAGAGAUCGCAGAUCAGCAAUCCAGGACAUACGGUUCAGUCCUGACUCCCACUACUUGGCUGUAGGUUCCAGUGAGAAUGCUGUUGAUUUCUAUGACCUUACAAUGGGCCCCUCAUUGAACCGAAUCAGUUACUGUAAAGACAUCCCCAGUUUUGUGCUACAAAUAGAUUUCUCUGCAGACAGCCGCUAUGUUCAGGUUUCCACGGGAUGUUACAAGCGGUUAGUCUAUGAAGUGCCUUCAGGAAAACUCCUUACAGAGCAGGCAGUGAUUGAUAGGAUAACAUGGGCAACUUGGACCAGUGUCCUUGGUGAUGAAGUGGUCGGCAUUUGGUCCAGACACAAUGAGAAAUCUGACGUAACUUGUGCCUGCGUGUCUCACUCAGGGAUCAGCCUUGUGACAGGAGAUGACUUUGGAAUGGUCAAAUUGUUUGACUUUCCAUGUCCAGAGAAGUUUGCAAAACACAAGCGCUUUUUAGGGCACUCAGCCCAUCUGGCUAAUAUCCGAUUCACCAGUGGAGAUCGAUAUGUGGUCAGCGCUGGAGGAGAUGACUGCAGCCUGUUUGUAUGGAAAUGUGUGCACAUGCCACACUGAACACAGCCACAGAAUAAACUGGACACCCCGCAUGGCACAGAACGGGUAAGCUUGGUGGCCAAAUGAUUCUGAAGCUGCAAAGUUCUAGGGCCGGAGAAGUCACAAAAAAGUGCAGCUCGGAAUAAAAGAAUCUGCUGUCAUAAUGGAAUGAACAGUGAGCGGCGUGUGCUUCCCGUGAGUGCACAUAGGAAGAUAAGCAUUAUGAGGCAGCAUGCAUUGCACCCACAGGAUAAUAUAUCUUUAAGGACUGGUGUUAGUAUUUGGAGCAGUGACCCUGUUCCUUGGGAGAUAUCUCUACUAGCUUGUGGGUCUACUGACCAUGCCUAGAAUAACUGGGUUAUUUAUGGAGACGUCACAAUAGGAGCAUGAAGAGAAGCUAGUUAUCAGUCGAUGCUCUUGUAAAGAAGGAGGUCUACUCUGCCAGUGGACCUGCAAGAGCCAGGCCUAUUAAGACUUUGCUCAUUCACUCGCCGUGCCAGCUGGGAUGUGGCUCACAUUUUGCGAGUGCCUUCCCUGCCUUCCCAAAGUAACAACUCCUGUCUUUGCCUUGUAAAGUCCAACUCUGUCCGUCACAUGCUGAGGUUGCCAUAUCAAUGUACUGUAUCUGUGCUGCUUGUAUUUCCUACUUUGCAGCUGUGUUAUGAGGAUGUUAUUGAGUCUGUAAAGCUGUCUAUUUUAUCUGAUUCAGUGCGGGAAAGAGCCUGUAUGGAGCGUACUGACUAUAUUAUCAGUGCAUUUAUUCUUGGACACCUAAUAAAUAUACUUUGCUAUA